AUGAUAAAGAAUAAUAAUUUAUUAAAUAAAAUUUUAGAAAAAAAAAUAUUUAGAAUUUUUAAAUAUUUUAAUAUAUAUUAUUAUCGUUUAUUUAUUUGGAUUUAUAUAAUUAUUUUAGUAUUUAUUUUAAUAAAUAAAAAAAAAUAUUUAAUAUAUAUUAAAUAUAAAUAUUUAAUAAAUUUUUUAUUUAUAAUUUUAUUAUUAAAUAAAUGUCAAAAAUCAGAUUUGAACUGA